UGAUGCAUCGCUAAUUUUAGUCAGUCGGAAAUCAUCUUCGAACGUUAAAAAAUGGAUCGGUAGCUAAAAGAGAUAAUUUAAAGCGAAAAACGCAAAGAAAACGGCUUUUGUCCGCUAUUUCAGCGAUUUUUUUUGUGUUGUAAUCAGCAGAAAAUUUUUAACAACAGUUACAACGACCAAACACCACCAGUCAAUCCCAGGCAAUAACCAACAGGAAAUUUUGCAAUAUUCAAUCAAAUUUUACUGCAACUAAAACAAAAUCAACCAUAUUCAAUCACCCCCAAUUCAUAUAUACCUAGAUAGCUACCACAAAGGUAAAAAGCAAAGAGGAAUCAUUUAAAAUUGAAAUAAAUAGAAGGAAUAUUCAAUUUUUUGCUCGCUUUUGCCAAUGUGAUGAGAAAAUCCAGCAACAAUACCAACAACCACAAUUACCAACAACCGACCGACAAUAGUGCAGCGCAGUCGACGUCAGCAGAACAGCAGCUGCCAAACAGUGGCUGAAAAAAUUGUUUUGCCUAAGUAAAUUUUCCUGCGACGAUUUUUCUUCUUUUUUGAUGCUGCUGCGCAAUUCGCAACGACGCCGACUGCAACUACAUCAAGUGCAGAAACUGUAGUAGCAAAAAUUCAAAUCACACAAUUAAUUUCUUGGCAGAGCAGCAGCAGCAACAGCAAAAUCUUUUCAAUAGCCACCAUUUUGAAUGAGCGCAGCAACAACACCUAACGCCGCAGUAGAAGAGAGAGAGAGCGAGAGCACAACGCAGCCGUUGCAGAAGUAGCAGCAGCGACGUUGACGUCAACGCUGUCUUAUUAGCACCGUGUAAGAGCGCAAAGGAGAAGACGAGCUUGCAGCUCUGAGACCGGAAAAUUCUCAAAAAUACGGUGCGUGCAUUUGCUUGUGGUAGGGGUAGAGAGACUGUGUGAGUGCCAAAAAUUAAGGGAUACAAAAUCGAAAGGCAGCGCCAAAAUUAUGGUUUUGCGUAUUUUGGAAGAGGAAAAUGCCAGCACAGCUGCUGCCAAGGAGUUUGCGUCGCUGCGACGCAACGCCGGCAGUGGCAGUUGCAGCAGCGCCAACAAUAACAACGCUAGCGGCUCAGCGGACAGCGGCGUAGGCGGCAGCUAUGUCUCUUGCAGCAACACGGACAACAGCUGCAGCCAAAGUCAAUCAGACGGCCAGAAUGAGUUAACGCGCUAUAGCAGCGAAGAUGUGUCCGGGAACGAGUCGAGCGAAGCGCCGAACAUGACCGAGGUGGAACGUCAGGCGGAGCUUAAUCGGCAUAAGGAAGAGAUGCAAAAGAAGCGUCGUAAGAAACGCAUCAGCUCCUCGCUGCACUCGUCAACUUUUCAAGAAUUGUAUAAACUGACGGGCGAGAUAUUGGGAGAGGGCGCCUAUGCUUCGGUGCAGACAUGCGUUAAUAUCUAUACCGAUCUGGAGUAUGCUGUGAAGGUUAUCGAUAAGAUACCGGGACAUGCGCGUGCGCGUGUCUUUCGUGAAGUGGAGACAUUCCAUCACUGUCAGGGACAUCCGGGCAUCUUGCAAUUGAUCGAAUUCUUUGAGGAUGAUGAGAAAUUCUAUUUAGUGUUUGAGAAAAUUAAUGGCGGCCCAUUGCUGACACGUAUCCAGGAGAAAAUAUGUUUCUCGGAGCAUGAGGCGGCGCAGAUUAUCAAGGAGAUUGCGUCCGGCUUAGAUUUUCUGCACAAGAAGGGCAUUGCUCAUCGUGAUCUCAAGCCGGAGAAUAUAUUGUGCGUAAAAACGGAUUCGCUCUGUCCGAUUAAAAUUUGUGAUUUCGAUUUGGGCUCCGGCAUUAAGUUCACCACGGACAUAUCAUCACCAGCCGCUACGCCCCAACUAUUGACACCAGUCGGCAGCGCUGAGUUUAUGGCUCCCGAAGUAGUCGAUUUGUUCGUGGGCGAGGCCAAUUACUAUGAUAAGCGCUGCGAUUUGUGGUCCCUUGGCGUUAUUGCCUACAUUUUACUCUGCGGGUAUCCUCCAUUUUCGGGCAACUGCGGCGAGGAUUGUGGCUGGAAUCGCGGUGAGAACUGUCGAAUGUGCCAAGAGCUGCUCUUCGAGUCUAUUCAAGACGGCCGAUUUUCUUUUCCGGAGGCCGAGUGGCAUGAUGUGAGCGAUGAGGCCAAAGAUUUAAUUUGCCGUCUUCUGGUUAAGGAGGCAUCCAAGCGCCUAAGCGCCGAAGCUGUGCUCACUCAUAAGUGGAUACGCAUGUGCGAGCAGGAACCGCCUGUCAGCAAACAGACGAUUCGCCAUAAGGCGCUGCAAACGCCAAGCAAUAUCCGACGUAAUCACCAGUCGGCACGUGAGAUUUCGCAGUUUGCCGAGUCUGCAAUGGCCGUGAAACGUGUGAUCCUGCAGCAUUUCUCGAUGCGCUACGAUUAUAUGAAAGAGCGCCCGAAUAUCUAUCAGCCCUCGCAGGCCUAUAUGGACGCGUACAGCGAUGAAAAUUAUAAUCCAAAGCCGCCGGCACAUUUUACACGUAGCCGCUCGCAGCGUAAUGCAUCCACAUUAUCUUCUGCUGCCGUAGCCAACAACAACUCAAAUGCGUCAUCAUUAUCUACUUACGGCGGUCGACUGUCUACGGCUCCGCGCAAUGGAGGCAGCAACCAUAGCCGUCAAUCGUCGAGGAAUGCCUCUGGCAUAUUUAACAAUAGCGGUGCCUUCAAAACCCUCAAUGUGCAUGAGGAGGAUGAUGACGAUGAAGAGGCGUUGGAGGCUUUUGGACGGCUGGACGAUGAUGUCGAUGAUGAGUGGGUGCAGUUGACGCGUCGCUAUCAGGAGCAGCGUGAGCUGCAACAGCAGCAGCAGGAGCAGGAGCAACAUCCCGAUGCUGGCAAUGGUGGUGAUCAAAUGUAUGAUGAUGAUGAGUUGGUUGAAGCAGAAGAGAAGGAGGAGGGAGAGGGCGAGGACUAUCAGCAUUACAAGCAUUAUUGGCGCACGCUAGACGAAGAAGAGGGUGAUGAUUAUCUUUAUGAGCAGAAGCAACGCGAGGAUGAUAUAGCUGAGGAAGAUGAUGAUUACGUCGAGGAAGAAGAGAAUCAUACGAUAAUGGAGAAAAAUGAGGCCGACAAUCGAAAACAAUUGAAAGCUAAAGAUGAUGAGAAGGAGAAUGAACUUAUUAUUGAUAAUAUGGAAGAAUUAAAGCAAAGCGAAUUUGCUACAACAGCAACAACAAUGCGCAACAAUGCGCAGGAGAUAAGAGUGUUUAAAGAUGAGGAGAAGCAAAAGAAAGAAGAUGAUGAUGAUGAUGAUGUUGAUGGGGCCAGGAAGCAACAAACAACAUCAUGUGAUAUUAGUGCUACUACAAUCACCAAUACCAACACCAACAGCAGCAACAAAAUGCAAACAACACCAGUUAAAGAAACAGCAACAACAACAACCCAAACGAACGGCAACCAAGGCAAUGAUAAGGAUAACGAUUAUGCUAAUGAUUACGAUAAUGAUAAUGAAAAUGAUAAUGAUAAUGAUGAUGAUUAUGUUAAACUAUUGGAUAGUAUUAGUGAUUUAAAUGAAAAGCUACCUGAAAUUUAUGAGACUGCAAAUAUUGUUGUCAACUCAGCGGCAGUGCCGGCAACAAAAACAACAACAGCAGCAGCAGCAAAAAGAGCAACAUGCCCACCAAACGAUAACGAUAACGAUAACGAUAAAAAUGUAGAUGAUUUGAAAGUGUCGACAACUGCAGCUGAGGGGACAACAAUGCGAACGACUUUUGGCAAACAACAACAACAACAACAGCAACAGCAAGAAGAACAACUACCUGCUGGCAACAACAGUAACAAACAACAGCGCAAUGUUUACUUUGCAUUGGAUGCAUAUCAAAAUGACGAGGACGCCGAUAUUGAUGAAGAGGAUGAUGACUACGAUGAUGAUGACGAUGAUGAAGAUGAAGAUGAUGAUUAUAAUGAUGAGCAUGAGCUGAAGCCAACUGGAAAUGGUUUGAAGCCAACGCCACCUGCCAUAUGUAAUGCAUAUACACGAAAGCAACGGCAACAGCAGCAACAACGCUAUGUAGCGCCACGCCCCGAAACGCACCGCCUAGAGAACUGGCGCUACCGCAGCCAUCAAUCGGAGCAACCGCAGCAGCAUCAAAUGAUCAUUGCUGGUGGGGGAGGAGCCUUUCGAAAAUAUCGCCCACCCUUUAGCACUGGCGGAGGUGGUGGCCAUCAUGGCAAUCAACAGCGCAACUAUUUGGGCAGUUUCUCGCACGGCGGCGGUGCUGCUGGCUACAAGAUACAACAGCAGCAGAAUCUGCAACAGCAGCGGCACAACAGUGCUGGCAGCAGCAGCGGUGGCUCGCCGCCUUCGGAUGAGCACUCGACGUCACCUGCUACGCAGAUUCGAAAUUGGCGUCAGGAUUGCGUCUAUGCGCCUAUGCGUAGCUGCGGCAUGAAUCAGCCAAGCAGAGGCUUGCAGCGCGCGCAUCACCAUCCGCAGCAUCAACAGCAGCAGCAGCAGCAGCCAACUGGACGCAUUGGCUCUGGGCGCUUUGUCCAUUCGUCCCAAGUGCCGCCACAUCUAUUGGAUGAGCCGCCCACAUUGGGUAUCGGACUAUCGCCACCCAGCGAGAGCCUGUUGCUUCAGCGGCGCAUGCGGCAGCAGCAGCGACCCGGGGAUUUGGCCGAAUACUGUGAGCCUGCCACGGCCAGUGGCUAAGUAUAUCAUGAACAAUAGCAACAACUGCAGCUGUCAGAAGGCGUCCCAUUUUGUUGGGGAUUAUGGCAUUCGAGCCAAAACAGAAAACAAAAACAAACUUUGUUAAAUGUUU